UAGUACCUUCUUUUGUAGAAAAAUGGAGAAAACGAGGAGACUGUGAAUGCAGCACCAGCCCUCUCGGUGUAUUCAGUGCAUGACCUGAAUUUCUAUGUUCCCAGUCGUAAUGUAAUUCGCCGGAGAUACAACUUUAAUAACACUAUGCAGCGGUAUGUUCAAAUGUUGGACUUUUCCAGGAGUCGACACUGAAAGCGGCAGAAGAGCAGAUUUCUAGCUUCUCUGCUAGCUACAUCACAAGCAGCACCAAAUGCUGCUUAGCUACAGUGUUAGCAUCUUGUUCCAUCCGCUUAAAUGCAUCACUGAUUCCUAGCUGUUGACUGUAUGGUCUAUAAGACUGCGGAGAUCAUUCAAGAAAAUGACCUCAGCGUCCACAAAGGUUGGUGAAAUCUUUUCUGCAGCUGGAGCUGCUUUCACCAAACUCGGAGAGCUCACCAUGCAGCUUCACCCAGUGGCAGACUCCAGUCCUGCAGGUUCCCAUCUGCCCUCCAGUUGUCCAACAAAGAGCACAGUGAAGAGGAAGCUGUAUGAAGAUGGAGUUCUUCCUGCUUCCCCUGAUGUAUCUAAGAAGGUCACCAAGAAAGUGACUGUUGCCAUGGCAACACAGUGCACUCCAGCUAUUAUCCCUGUGCCCACAGCUCAGGUUGUCGUCGCCUCGGGACUCCAGGUUUCCCAAUCGAGCCAGCUGUCCCUGAAGAAACAAAAGACUGGAGACGUGACCCUCAGCGCUCUGAAUGACUCAGAUGUCAACAGUGAUCUUGUGGACAUCGAGGGACUGGGUGAAGGAGCCAAUUCCAAAAAGCUCAACAACUUUGAUCAAGAUAACCUGAACCUGGACUCGAGUCUCAUCAUGAAUCCCAGUGACCUUCCUCUGCUCUCCCGUUGACCUGUCACUUCCUCUGGACUGCUUUGGAAAUGAUGCUGACCACACAAACUGUUGUUAACUACAGUAGUAUCAUGUUGUGUCGAGCAGGACUCCCAUCCAGUCCGCCACAUCACACCUCUGUGAGAUGCUGGCAGACUUCAAAUAGUCCCAGUCAUUUUCUUUUGUUGUAACAUUCCUUGUACCUUCAAAACUACCUUAGUUUUCCGUCAUCUCUUGUCCUCCUUGUUGAUUUUUGCUUUGUAGAAAAUCCUUAAACUUAGAAGACAGACAUAAUGCAGUGAGAACUUCUAAGAUUCACACUUCCCUUGUUUCUUCAAGAAAAGUCAGAAAAAAAAAGACAACACAGAAGAGAAUCUCAGCAAUUCUGUUUUUGCUCCCCCUUUGAUGCACCUGGAUAGCAAAAAAUAAAUAAAUAAAUAAAAGAAAUACAGGGAUAUUUGUCUGAACAAUGUAAAUGCUAUUAUUGUAUUUCAUCUUCAAUACAGUCUUGCUACAUUUUGUAAACUAUUUAACUACUGAAUUAUGUAUGUGUGUGUAACAAUCAUUCAAUUAUAAGGCUUUUAUUAAUGAACAAACAUAAUUAUGUUUAUUAAUAAACCAAACACCAGCCUUCACAUA